AUGAACAGAAAAAGUGGGUUCAAAAUUCACAAUCCACAAAUUCAAAAUUCAGCCCUUAAUUCACGAUUUUUAAUAGAAAAAGAAAGGGAUGUGGCUGUAAAAUAUCCAAACCUAAACAAUCCACCGACAACGAACCAAAACCCAACAGCCUACCACCAACGAACCAAAGCCGAUCACCGAACAAGUGAAGACUAUUCCACAACAUCUAAGACAUUGGAUAAGGAUUCUUUAGAAACAAAAGGAAGUACUAUCAUGACAUCAGAAGGUUGUCUCUCUGGAUUUGACGAAACUAAUAUCUUUAACCGCAUUUUUACACCACAACUUAAGGCAAGCAUAUUGGGAAUUAAUAAACUUCCAUCUAUCAAUCACUAUUAUGAAAAAGAUUCAAUUCUUUAUGGAACAUUGCAGUUCUUAAACUAUUUCCAAACAAGAAUAUAA